AUGUCUGCUGUGUACACCCAAACCCCAUGCCCAAUUAGCUGUCUUGAACUGGCCCUGCCUCUGGUGCACACCCGAACCCUGUACCCAGUGAUCGUAUUUGAACUGGCCCUGCCUGCUGUCCAUAUCCCAUCACUGUAUCCAGGUUAUGCUCUUGAACUGGCCCUGCAUGCUGUUGACACUCCAACCUCAUACCCAAAUGUGGCUCUUGAACUGGCAAUGGUAGCUGUCUACACCCUAACCCCGUACCCACUGAGUGUACUUAAAUUGGCCUUGUUUGCUGUCCAUACCCCAUCACUGUAUCCAGUUUAUGCUCUUGAACUGGCCCUGCAUGCUGUCCACAUGCCAACCUCACACCCAAUUGCCGCUCUUGAACCAGCAAUGGCAGCUGUCUACACUCUAAUCCCAUAUCUCCUGAGUGCACUUGAAAUGGCCCUGUCUGCUGUCCAUACCCCAUCACUGUAUCCAGUUUAUGCUCUUCGACUGGCCCUGCCUGCUGUCCACACCCCAACCCUGUACCCUGUGAGCGCAUUUGAACUGGCCCUCCCUACUGUCCAUACUCCAUCACUGUUUCCAGUUUUCGCACUAGAACUGGGCCUGCAUGCUGUCCACAUCCGAAACCCUUACACUGUUUUCGCUCUUGAACCGGGUUAUGCUCUUGAACUGGCCCUGCAUGCUGUUGACACUCCAACCUCAUACCCAAAUGUGGCUUUUGAACUGGCAAUGGCAGCUGUCUACACCCUAACCCCGUACCCACUGAGUGGACUUAAACUGGCCUUGUCUGCUGUCCAUACCCCAUCACUGUAUCCAGUUUAUGCUCUUGAACUAGCCCUGCAUGCUGUCCACAUGCCAACCUCGCACCCAAUUGUCGCUCUUGAACCAGCAAUGGCAGCUGUCUACACUCUAAUCCCAUAUCUCCUGAGAGCACUUGAAAUGGCCCUGUCUACUGUCCAUACCCCAUCACUGUAUCCAGUUUAUGCUCUUCAACUGGCCCUGCAUGCUUUCCACACGCCAACCUCAUACCCAAUUGCGCUCUUGAACUGGCCCUGCCUGCUGUCCACACCCCAACCCUGUACCCUGUGA